AUGACUGGGCCCGAUCCCCUCCUCUCGGCCUCACCAAUCCCCGGCUUUGCUAACCUGACUCUUCAGGCCGACAACCAGCACAAUGGCGACGCUGUGUCGCCGAAUGCCAUGCUGCUAGACCAACCCGAAGAACAUAUCGUCGAGCCAAACGGCACCGAGUCCGAAGAUGUCGCCAUCAUCAAUCCCGACAGCAUGGAGACGGAUGUUGUACUCGCCACAGAUAGUAUGUUUGAACACACCCGACCUGCCACUUGUUGUCCCACGCCCGGCAGUGCUGACCCCGUGAUAGGUGAUGCCAUGAAGGAAAUAGUGCUUCCUCCGCUCGCCGAAGAGCCCCGGAUUCUCGAAGAUGUCGUCCACACCUGGGAAGUGCAAGGAUGGCGCACGAUGAAUAAGAAGGAGCGAGGGCCCAUAUUCCAGGCUGGAGGUUACCCAUGGCGGAUCCUACUCUUUCCACACGGCAAUAAUGUCUUGGACCAGUGCUCCAUUUACCUGGAGCAUGGUUUCGACACCAACAGUGUUCCCGACAACUGGAGCUGCUGUGUGCAGUUUGCCCUCGUCCUGUGGAAUCCCAAAGACCCAUCCUUAAUGUUUCAUCACUCGGCGCAUCAUCGAUUCACCAAGGAGGAGAGCGACUGGGGCUUCACUAGGUUUCUGGAGUGCCGGAAGAUGUUCAAUGUUGUCUGGGAGACUGCAGACAGGCCUCUGGUGGAAAACGAUGCUGCCAACAUCACCGCUUUCGUCAGAGUUGUCGAGGACGAAACGGGCGUUUUAUGGCACAACUUCAACAACUACGAUUCCAAGAAGGAGACUGGCUACGUUGGUCUUAAGAACCAAGGCGCUACCUGUUACCUCAACUCACUCCUCCAGUCAUUAUACUUUACCAAUGCGUUCCGCAAGGCCAUUUACAGCAUCCCCACAGAGCACGAAGAGGAUAUGAAAAACAGCGCUUAUACACUGCAGAGACUCUUCUACCAACUUCAGACUUCGAACGUCGCUGUUAGCACCAACGAGCUCACCAAGUCUUUUGGCUGGGAAACGCGGCACAUUUUUGAGCAGCAAGAUGUGCAAGAGCUUUCUAGGAAGCUCAUGGAGCGUAUGGAGGACAAGAUGAAGGGCACCGACCUGGAAAAGGCGCUUCCCAUGAUGUUCAGCGGCAAGAUCAAAACCUACAUCUCCUGCAUCAACGUCCCCUACGAAUCAAGUCGCGUCGAGGACUUUUGGGACGUUCAGCUUAAUGUCAGCGGGAACGCGAAUCUGCUGGAUAGUUUUCAAGACUACAUCCAGGUGGAGAAGCUCGACGGAGAAAACCAGUACUUUGCCGGAGACACGUACAAGUUGCAGGACGCCGACAAGGGAGUCAUCUUCAACAGCUUCCCGGACGUCCUCCAUUUGCAGCUGAAGCGGUUCGAGUACGACAUCAACCUCGACACUAUGAUGAAGAUCAAUGAUCGCUACGAGUUUCCCGAGGAGUUUGAUGCCUCGGCCUAUCUGUCAAAGGAGGCUGAUAGGUCCGAGCCAUGGGAAUACGAGCUUCACGGUGUUCUGGUACACAGCGGUGAUCUCAAUGCGGGUCACUACUAUGCGUUCCUGAAACCAGAAAAGGAUGGCUGGUGGUACAAAUAUGACGAUGAUAAGGUCACCAAGGCCACGAAACGCGAGGUCCUGGAGGAGAACUUUGGCGGCUUCUACAAGACAACUGGUGGCCGUCCCCAACUCAACGCCAAGAAACAACCCAUCAUGCGGCCAAACAGCGCCUACAUGCUGGUUUACAUCCGGAAGUCGAGAUUGGACAAGAUUCUCUGCCCUGUCACGCCAGCCGAUGCUCCGGAACACCUCCAGAAAAAGUUCGAGCAAGAACAUGCUGCCCGUGAAGCUAAGCGCAAGGAGAGAGAAGAACAACACCUUUACCUCGGGGUCAAAGCCGUCACAGAUGAGACGUUCAAGGCUCAUGGCGGAGUUGACCUGACGGCAUUUGAUGCCGCCGUGGGUUCGGAGCCGGGCUCCUACAAGCAGUACAAGCUCCUUCGCACGGCGUCAAUGGCAGACUUGGCCAACGAGAUAGCCGCCGACAUUGGAGAGGAUCCAAGACGCGUGCGAUUAUGGAUCAUGGUGAACCGGCAAAACAAGACAGUCAGACCAGACCAGCCAGUGAUGGAUCUUCGCCCGACAGUCGAAGAGACGUACAGCAGAGCCACGGCACACCGGGAUCAAGCGCUCCGUGUGUGGGUUGAAAUUGCUGACGAAGUCGACGCUGAUGGGGCUGCCGUCUGGCCGACCUAUCCCGGGCUCCCGAAUGGUGUGGUUGUCAAAAAUGACUUGAUCCUACUCUUCCUGAAAUGGUUCGACGUCGAGUCGCAGUGCUUGCGGGGUGUUGGCCACAUUUAUUUCAGCAAGGAAAAGAAGGUUGAGGAUCUCAUUCCGGUCAUUUUGAAAAAGAUGAACUGGGGCGAGAAGCUGCCCAGUGACGAAAAGAUCAUGUUGUGGGAGGAAAUCAAGCCUAGCAUGAUCGAGGGUCUCAAGGUCAAGCUGACGCUGAAAGCUGCCGAGCUUCAAGAUGGAGACAUUAUUUGCUUCCAGCGAACCCGUGACGAGAAGAAGUACAAAUUGGGGCUCGGCGCCGAAAGGCAGGGCUCUGAAGAAACGGCGGUCGAUCGCUACGAGGAUGUUCGGGAUUACUACGACUUUCUCAACAACAAGAAGAAUGUGGAUUUCCACGCUCACCCCCAGAAGUGCGAUCCCAAGCAGUACCCGGAGUUCAGUCUGGUUCUCAACACGAAAAUGAACUACGACAAGCUGUGUGAGAAGGUUGGUGAGAAGCUCAACGUUGAGCCAACGCACCUGCGGUUUUACACGGUUAAUGCUAGCUCUAACAACCCCCGGACGGCGGUGAAGCGUGGGCAUCAGUCGUUGGCCAACAUCCUCAUCCCGGCCGGUUACGGACAACUUAACAUGAAUCAGCGUAACGAUGCUCUGUAUUUUGAGGUGCUCGACAUGAGCUUGGCCGAGUUGGAUACCAAGAAGAGCAUCAAAAUCACGUGGCUGAGUGAGGGCAUCACCAAGGAGGAGCAGUUCGAUGUGUUGGUGCCCAAGAGCGGCCAGGUGGAAGACCUUAUCGAGGCUCUGGUCAAGAAGGCCAAAAUUCCCAGCGAGGAAGAGGCGGGCAAGAUCCGCGUCUAUGAAACUAGCAGUCAUCACAAGUGGUUCAGAGAUCUGGCCAGAGACUAUUCGGUGCUCAGCAUUAACGAUUACACGUCGGUGAUAGCUGAGCGGAUGCCCGCUGAGGAUGCUGCGGUUUCGGACCAAGCAAACUUCAUUUCCUGCUUCCACUUCCACGGCGAGCCCAGCAGAGCGCAUGGAAUCCCGUUCCGAUUCUUGGUCAAGGAAGGAGAGAAGUUUGCCGACACCAAGAAGCGGCUGGAACAGCGCACUGGUAUCAAGGGCAAGAGUUUUGAGAAGAUCAAAUUUGCUGUGAUCCGGAGAUCAUCAUUCUCACGACCUCAAUAUUUGGAAGAUGACGAUAUUCUGUGGGACAUUGCAACGAACACGGAUGAUCUGUUGGGAUUAGACCACCCCGAUCGGGCACGAACAACACGGAACGGCGCUGGAGACUUGUUCCUCAAGGGCUGA